GUAAUAUUGUUCUGUGAUCAUAACAAUUUUGACUGUGUGUGGGGAGCCUAACGUAUUGCUCAGACUAUGUAUCAUAACAAAUUAUUCCGUGGGCACUAUGGAGUAUGGGUCUUAUUACGAAAACUUUUGAUCAUUAGGGUAUUCAAUUCACGACAAUAAAAGUACAAAUAAUGAUAUAAAUGAACUUUUAAGUAACAAUAUGGCAUGCAGUAAGGAGGAAAUUGAGAGAAAGCGUUUAGCCGCUCUUCAAAAGCGAAUAAGCAAGUUACCCAACGAAAACAUUCCUCAAAAGCAAAAUGAACAGCCGAAACCGACCGAAUGGUUGUUUACUUCUCAAAGUUCGAACAUAGGCCCUGUAAAAUCAAAUAUUGGAACUCAUAAUACGUUUCACCCCUACGCAAAACCUGAAUGUAGUAAACGAAAUGAGAAUACAGUGCCUGUGAGUAAAGUUGUGAGUGGGACAAUAUAUUUAAUAUCAGAGCAUAGAUUUGAGGUGAACCCAUCGGAGUUUUGCACACCUCUUAUCAAUAUUUUUAAGAGCAUACCUUCUAGGAGUUACGAUUCAAAAUCAAAGCUGUGGAACUUUUCAAUAGAUGAUUACCAAAAUGUUAUGUCUAAAAUUGGACCACUAGCACCCUAUAUAGUUAUGGGCCCACUGCCACUAUAUGUGUUAAAGAUACUAAAUGAUCCGUUAGUGGAACCUAACACUGUAGACUUAUCGCCCAUAGAGAAAACACUUAGAAACAAAUUGAUGCCUUUCCAGGAAGAAGGUGUAAGGUUCGGUAUAGCACGCCGCGGGCGGUGUAUGAUCGCAGAUGAUAUGGGGCUGGGCAAAACCUUCCAGGCGCUGGCCAUCGCCAGCUACUACUCUCACAACUGGCCGAUGCUCAUUGUCACUACUUCUUCUAUGAGAGAGACCUGGCAAAGUAAGAUCCGCGAACUUUUGCCGUCAAUUCCAUCGAUGAAUGUAGUCACUCUCACAACUAGCAAAGACAGCAAAUUGGUUGCAGAUAAACAGACCCAGGUUGUAAUAGUCAGUUACAAGAUCACUAGUAUGCAUACAGAUUUACUGAAGAGCAAGAAGUUUGGCGUUCUUAUUAUUGAUGAGUCUCACUACCUCAAGUCGCAUAAAGCUCAGUGUACAACGGCACUGGUCAGCAUUGCACGGCAGUGUUCACGCGUGGUGCUUUUGAGCGGCACUCCCGCUCUGAGUCGGCCCGCGGAGCUUUACACGCAGCUGGCACUGAUCGAGCCGCGUCUGUUCACAUCCUACACUGAAUAUGGUAAAAGAUAUUGCGCCGGCAAGCUAUCUCACUUUGGUUGGGACAUGACGGGCCAGUCGAAUCUGACGGAACUUCAAAUUAUACUCCAGAAGCGGUUCCUCAUCCGAAGAACAAAGGAGCAAGUUCUACCCACGCUAGAGGAAAAAACCAGAGAAUCAGUAAUAUUGGAUCAGUCGCUUCUCCAAUUCUCUACGGAGGAUGAGAGGGGACUGUCACAAAUGGCUGAACACUACAAGAGUACCAAGUCCUCGGAGAAGCACGCCGCACUGAUCACAUUCUUCAGCGAGUCUGCCACCGUGAAGAUACCAGCUAUUUGUAAAUACAUCAGACAGCUGCUGAAGGAGUGCAGUCACAAGUUCCUGAUCUUCGCCCACCAUCGCAACAUGGUGGACGCGAUCUGCGAGACGCUCGACGAGGCGGGCACCCACUAUAUUUGCAUCGUGGGCUCCACACCGCCGCGCAUCAGAGCCGAGCUAGUGGAGAAGUUCCAGUACACAACGAAUUGCCGCUGCGCGGUGCUGUCGAUCACUGCCGCCAACUCCGGCCUCACCCUCACCGCGGCGGACAUGGUGCUGUUCGCAGAGCUGCACUGGAACCCGGGGAUUCUGACGCAAGCGGAGUCGCGUGCGCACCGCAUCGGCAGGUCAGGCGCCGUGUGCGUGCGCUACUUGCUCGCUAGAGGUACGGCGGACGACUUCAUGUGGCCAAUGCUGCAGGACAAACUUAAUGUUCUGAACAACGUCGGUCUCAGCGGCGACACGUUCGAAGAUACUACCACAAAGCAUCAGGAGAGCAGAAACUCCAUUACACAGUAUCUAUCGCCGAAAAGUGUCAAAAACAAAUUCGAUUAUAUUCCCGGCACAAAUAUUCGCAAGGUACAGUCGCCAGUCAACAGUAUGGCAAGCAGUGUAAACACACAAGCAUUAAACCAAUGUGGACCAAACAUUGGGACAAAGACUGGACAAAACGGCCAAUUUUCAUCAAAUGGAUUUGCACCAAAUACACAUGCAGCAGACCAAUGCGAACUUGCAAACGAAACAAACAUUGGGUCAAAUGCGCAAACAAUUGAACAAGAGAUAGACAAAUCAUUUCAAGAAUAUGAUGAUGAUGACGAUCUUUUAGCUGAUUUGGAUCUAUGAUUGUAAUUUAUUAAUGUCCUUAUUGGUUUAAUUAUUUUUGUAAUUUUUUUUUUUAAAUGAUUUGUUUGUUUUUCUGCAAUUGAGCUCAAUAUAGGUAGAGUAGGUAGAUUAAAAGGUUGUUUAUCUGUAUAAUAAAAAAAAAGGUAGAUAAAAAAAAUUCC